GGGGGCGGGCUGACUCGCUCCUCUUUCUCUCGGCGGUGGGUCGCUCGGAGCCGCUGUCCCUGGACUCGCAUGUCCCCUUCUAAAUCCCCGUUUUAAGUUCGAUGUCCCCGCUAUAGACCGGCCUCCCUCACACGCCUUUAAAAGGCCGCAGUCUGGUGUCCGGGUUCCGGCUCGUAGCGGUCAAAGUCAGCCGGUUAGUAUGGCUGCGGGGAGCGGACCGUCUGGGCCGGUCGCCCGGCUCGAGGGCCGCGAAUUCGAAUACAUGAUGAAGAAGCGCUCGGUGACCAUCGGGCGGAACUCGUCUCAGGGCUGCGUGGACGUCAGCAUGGGCCACUCCAGCUUCAUUUCGCGCAGGCACCUGGAGGUCUUCACGGCCAGCGACGACGGCAGCGGCGGCGGGGAUUUCUACCUGCGGUGUCUGGGGAAGAACGGCGUGUUCGUGGACGGAGUCUUCCUCCGGCGGGGCGCCCCUCCUCUGCAACUGCCGCCAGUGUGCACCUUCAGGUUCCCCAGCACGAACAUCAAGAUCACAUUCACGGCACUGUCCAGUGGGAAGAAAGUGAAGCGAGAAGCCCUCGAGUCUCCAGUGAAACCAGUCCAACCUCAGAUCUCCCCCUUGACCAUCAACAUUCCAGAUAACAUCGCUCAUCUUAUGAGCCCCCUGCCCUCGCCAACAGGCACCAUCAGUGCUGCUAACUCGUGCCCCUCCAGCCCGCGGGGUGCCGGGUCUUCUGGCUACAGGAUGGGGGGACGCAUGGUCAGCUCUGUGGAACUCCAGCUUAUAAAUGACAACUCCCAGCCUGAGAACGACAAAGAGGCCUCAGGAGGGGACAGUCCCAAGGAUGACUCCAAACCUCUGUACUCCUAUGCACAGCUGAUAGUCCAGGCCAUCACUCUAGCUCCAGACAAGCAGCUGACACUGAAUGGAAUCUAUAACCACAUCACAAAGAACUACCCGUACUACAGGACCGCAGACAAGGGCUGGCAGAACUCGAUUCGUCACAAUCUGUCUCUGAACCGUUAUUUCAUUAAAGUGGCCCGGUCACAGGAGGAACCUGGUAAAGGUUCUUUCUGGAGGAUAGACCCGUCCUCGGAGAGCAGGCUCAUCGAACAGGCCUUCAGGAAACGAAGGCCCCGGGCCGGGGGUGUCCCCUGCUUCAGGACCCCACAUGGACCCCUGUCCUCCAGGAGUGCCCCGGCCUCCCCUAAUCACUCAGGGGUGCUGUCCACUCCCUCCAGCGACAUUCAGACCCCCGACAGCCUAUCGCGGGAGGGAUCCCCAGUUCCCACGGACCUGGAAGCUGCCUCAAUUACAGCCCCAGGAACCACCACAAUGGUCCAUCCCAAACUGGCAGUCAUCCAGGAAGCACGCUUUGCACAAAACACACCAGGUUCUCCCGUUACCCAGCCGGUUUUCAUAACAGUACAGCGUCCGCUUUCUCAAGCUAUCAAGCCGGUGACCUACACCAUGGCCUCACCAGUCAGCACCAGCACCUCCCAGCCUGCUGUUCAGACGGUUCGCGUCCUGCAGCAGAUCCAAGCAGGAUCCCUCAGCUCUGCUGUGAUCGCCCAGCCGACCACCAUCAUCCACAAGAUGGAGCCACAGGAGAACGGAGAACACGCAGAGGUCAAAGUGAAAGUGGAGCCUGUUCCUGCCACCAUCACUCACACCUCUAUAGGCAACUCUGGGCGGAUCACCCAGACCUCCCAGGUGGCUACGCCCCUACAGACUGUUACCGUGGUGCAGCCAGUGGGUCAGCACCAGCUGCCCGUGAAGGCCAUCACGCAGAACGGGACCCACGGCAUCACCACCGCCAUCCAGGCGCUGACCACUGCGGCUCCAGCUGUGGCGAGUCCGCUUCACCUUCUGGCGGCGCACGCCUCAGCAUCGGCCUCCCUCCCCACCAAACGUCAGAACGGGGACUUGAUGGCCAGAGAGCAGCCGGACGCCAAACGCAUCAAACCAGAGGAUGAGGAGGUUAGCAUCACGUCCGCAGCCGCCGCAGACUCUGACUCGUCAGCAUCUAAUGACCAGGGCAGCCACCCCAACUAGUCGACCACAAACACCACAUGACCUUUGCUUCUGGUUUUAUCCUUCUACUGUUUUCCUGUUUUUGCCCCCCUCCCCGACAGACAGCCCCCUGAGUUUGGGUUAUCUGUUCUUCAGCCUCACGACGAACUGUCCACCCAUUUGCGCUCCAGUUUGUCAGCAUAAAGAGCUGAAAGGGGAGAACGGCGCCCCCUGUGAAAGACGAGUGACUAAAACCACAGGAAGCCUUAACGACAGUCAACCCGUCAAAGCCGACCCUUUGCCGCAAGUGGUCCGACGCUGGGCACCACCUUUCUGUCGUAUCUACCUCAGAGCAGAUUGGGCGCUCUGGCAGACGCGACCGAGCGGUGACGAGCAUGUCGCAUGUUUCUUCUCCCCUCUUAAAGAGCCACACGAUCAAGGACGCCACUUUCAGAAAGGGAUCAAACUCAACUCAGCGCCAAUCUUCCUGUGACUUCGGCAGCUAGCCUCUCGCGUUCCUGACCUUCCUGUCUCGCCGCUGCGUGUAGCUGUGCAGUAUUUUACUGUUGAAGUGGCGUGUAGGAUUUUAUGUAUUUUCACUCACUUAGAUAAAUAAUUUAAUUAAUGGGAACGUACCAGCAACACAGCCGGUGACAUUUUGGUCACGGAGUUAGAAAUCUGAUAUCUUUUUUUUAUUUUUAAUGUGGACUUUUGUUGGAACAAUGUGUCCGCCCCUCUUCAGAUGAUAGUUCUGACAUGUCCUUAUCAAAUCGCGUGGUUAUACCGCCAUCAUUUAAUACUUGCACAGAUGUAAGUGUGCGAGCGCUCCGUGUCUACUUUCAGCUCUUGAUCUUGCAUGAUUUCCGACCACAGAAGAAACCGCACCAGAGGAAAAGACCUGCACUUGAUCCGGUGUUCUCCUUCUUCCUGCCCCUCCCUCCUUUCGGUCUCCUCCUCAGACCUCCACGUUCUCCCUCUUCCUGCCCCUCCCUCUUUUCGGUCUCCUCCUCAGACCUCCGCCUGUGUUGACGUGGUGUUGGCAGAUCCUUGGCUUGAUUAUUUUGCUCUGUUCUGGCAACCCGGUGAGUCCGUCUUCUGAUUGUACACGUUCCAAACAAUAGUAAAGGA